AUGAUUGAUAGAAUACUUGAAAAUUUGUAUCUGAGUGAUGUACAAGAUGUGCUAAAUGAAUUUAGAAUUAAUCGACUCAAGCAUGAAUUAAAGAUCAGUCAUGUUCUUACGGUAGCAGCAGAAGGUAUUCCAGUGGAAAAACGAAUUUUUGGGAUAUCUUAUAUGUUUAUUUAUGCAUUAGAUACGAAUAAACAAGAUAUGUUCGCAGAUGAUUUAUUAGCGAAUGCGUUGAUGUUCAUCAGAACAAGUUUUGAGAAUAAUGGACGAGUCCUUGUACAUUGUGAAGCUGGUAUAUCACGUUCAGUAUUUAUUGUUGCCGCUUAUCUAAUGCAAAAAUUGCAGUGGUCAUCGACAAAAGCUAUUGAAUACAUACAAAGGAUACGACCUAUAGCGCUACCAAAUGAUGGUUUCAUGCAGCAGUUACAAAUAUUCGAAAGUUGUCAUUUUAUCGCCGAUAUCCAAAUUAUUUCGCAGUGUCAAUUGUACAAAAACUGGUUAUUGAAUAUCUCUUCAGCGUCAUCUGCGAGAUUUCCUUUGUACGAAAAGUUGCCAAACUUGAUCGAUUCCACUUGGUCGAAUGUUGAAUAUCGAUGUCGUAAAUGUAGAAAAAUUCUAUUCAAUGAUAAGCAUAUCAUAAAACAUAAAACAUUGACAUCUCAUAAUGUUACUGGCAAUGAGGAAACGGAGAUAAUCGAUUGCGGUUUCGGUCAUUUUAUUACACCGAUGGAUUGGAUGUCUUUAAAUGAGCAUCGAGGAAAAAUUUCUUGUUCUUGCAACGAAAAGCUUGGCCAUUAUGACUGGGGAGGACGUGUAUGCAAAGGAAUGUCUGGUAGGCCAUGCGGAACAGCUGUGCGGCCAUGGAUUUAUGUAAAUCAGAGCAAGGUCGAUCGAAGUAUGAAGAUAGAUCAAAAUGUGUCAAGUCCUAUAAACAACAUCAUUAUAAGGCCGCAGAAAUUUCCCUGUAUAUAG